AUGCAACUUGCCAUCCUUCUUCUGGUGUCUCUUGCUUCGAGCGUUUCAUCCCUCAGACAAUUAUCCAAGCCGUUUGCCAUUCGAAAGCAGCCGUUUGAGUUGUCUCACCUUGAAGAUUCCGUCUUUCGGCAACGUCCACGUAGCCUUGUUGUUCCAAUCAUCGUUCAAGACAUUCGAGGAGGGUACAGUGACGACGACGACUCUGCAGAUAUCAACAACUCAGAAUCUUCAACUGCCGAAAAAUCCACCAUGAAGCAAUGUCGAUGCGUCUUGUGUGGCCAAGAUUUUUUGGCAGAAAGCCAAGCUGACUGCGAAGCUCACAUGGCAGUUUGUACAGCUUUUGCACGAGUUCACCCAACAGAUGGAAGCACCAAUCCAAAUGGGGUGUACCCACCAGGCUCAGAACCAAGCAAGGAAGAAAUACCUACUGUUGAAGAGUUUGAAGAGACUGAAAGUGCCAAAGACAUCUAUUCCAUGUCUGUGAAGGAACUAAAGAAAAUAGUAACCGAUGCUGGCCUUUCUCAUUCUGAUUGUAUUGAGAAGUCAGAUUUGCAAGCCAGAGCAGAAAAAGCGCUGAGUGGCUAA